UAAGGGCAAGGUUGGUGCGGAUGAAAAAAGGCGGAAAGCAUAACACGCGCAUCGUGUCGAGCUACCACUUAGCAUCCGGGUAACCGUUACCGUAACGGUUGGCAUUUGUGCAAUUAAUAGAGCUUUGCGAAAUUAUUUUCAUCAGCGACAACAUCUCGUGUCAGAAGAAGCAGCGGCAAUGGACUCACAGCGGCGAUGAGGCUGAAUGUGAGGUUUAUUCGCUCGGUGUGAGGACCUGCGCCGCCAUCUUUGGCUCUAAAACCAGCGCUUCCACCAUCUUGGCCAUUUGAAGAAGACUCGGCCGGAUCUUCUGCAUUAAAACCGAUUUUCCACUGCAUCUGCUCUCACCAAGAUUUGUGCUAACAACAAAGAAGCUAUAAAGCCCAGUGCUCACCCGUCUGUUGAUGAGAGGUGGCGAAAUAAUGGGCAGCUAGGAUUCAUGAACAAGCCAAAAUGUCAUCAAUAUUAGGACUACCCACACAGUACUCGGAUGUAACAGUCCUCAUUAGCAGCGUCCACCUGCAUCCCUUCUGUGUGCUCGUGGAGUUCUGGGGGAAAUUUAGCGAGGGGAAGGCAGCAGAUUAUGAGUGCCUCGCCAGAGAGAUUCAGUCUCCUGGAAAAGCUUUUCAAGAGUUUGAAGGAAAUCCUGGAGACCAGUGCUUGGUUAACGUAGAUGGUAAUUGGAACAGAUCCCGUAUAGUCUCAAGAAAUGGCCCAGUGUAUUCUGUGUUCCUCUUUGACAAGGGGAGAACAUUUAGCACUACCACAAGUCAGCUGGCAUGGGGCAAGAAGAACCACUUCCACCUGCCCCCCGAAGUGGAAUUUUGUGUCCUAGCCAAUGUGUUGCCACUCUCACCUGAGAAAAGAUGGUCACCGGUGGCUCUUGAAUUUCUCAAAUCUCUCUCUGGGAAGUCUGUACAGGCACAUGUGCAAAAUGUACUUGUUCCGCACAGAACAGUUCUCCUGCACAUCCCUUGCAUCUCCAAACAGAUGUACGAGAUGGGAAUUGCCAGGAAGCUGUCUCCAGAUGUGUUCCAGGACUUUGUCCUUAUGUCGCUGCGGUCACAAAAGGGAGCGGAGGUGUGUACAGAGACUGAGAUCUCCAUGGGAGCAGCUGAGCGACUGCAUAAGAAAGAGCUCUUCAUGUACCCAGAACUGUCAGCAGGAACCGUGGAGACCGUCCUAGUAACAGAGGUGAAGAAUCCCCACCGGGUGUUUUGCCAGUUGAAGGUCUUCUCACAGGAGCUGAAGAAACUCUCGGGGCAAAUCACACAGUGCUGUGAGGGCAGAACAACCAAUUUCAUUGUAAGUCCAGACAUGAUUGGGUUUCCGUGCGCUGCCAGAGGAAGUGAUGGCAUCUGGUACCGCUCCGUUCUCCAACAGGUAUGCCCAAAAAACAAGGUGGUUGAAGUGUUAAACGUAGACUAUGGAACAAAACAGUUUGUUCCAAUGGAGAAUGUAAGACCCCUGGCUGCAGAGUUCUUCAGAAUGCCCGUUGUGACUUACAUCUGUUCCCUCCAUGGAAUCCUUGACAAAGGGGUUGGAUGGACAACCUCCCAGAUUGACUAUCUCAGGACCCUUCUCAUGCAUAAGACGGUGAUUGCCAAAUUUGAGUAUCAAAGCAUCUCUGAGGGUGUUCACUAUGUCACGCUCUAUGGGGAUGAAAACGUAAGCAUUAACAACUUGUUUGUAUCCAAGGAGAGCUGUUUUUUGGAGAGUGAAAAAACACUUGAUUAUUCCAUCCGCAACACUGCAUCCAAUCGAAAGGAUUCAACUCCUAAAGAAGUAAACCAAAGAGCGGUGCGAACUCCUGUUGGGGCUGUACAGGAUAAAGAAAGAAAAGGAAGAGCUGAGGGCCUCUCUCUCAACUCCUCGCAUGCGGUGGCAGUUAAGCACAUAUCUGACCCAUCAGCAUUUUGGAUCCAAACGCAGACUCAUGCAAAUGAGUUUGCUGAACUAAUGGAUCAUAUUUACCAUCUGUACAAAGAUCCAGAGAAUACAGAUGUGGUGAGAAAUCUGACCGCUGGCCUCUACUGUGUUGCAAAAGCAGAAGAUGGGAAUUUCUACAGAGCAAUGGUGACUGAAGGUGGUGAGACGCAAGUCAAGGUGUUCUUUGUUGAUUAUGGAAAUAUCAAUUGGGUUGACAGGAGGAACAUCAGGACCCUCCCUGACGAGUUCAGGAAGCUGCCAUGUCUCGCACUAAAAUGCUCCCUGGCUGGUGUUUGGCCAAAAGAUGGGAAAUGGAGUCAAAGUGCCUGUGAUUUUUUCAUCAAAGCAGUCAAAGAAAAAAAUCUAACCGUACACGUGACGGCGAAAUAUGAUGAGGGCUAUUCUGUCCAACUAAUUGAUCUUGACGCACAAGGAGAAAGAGAUCUUGGCACGCUGAUGUGUAAUUCUGGCCAUGCGGAAAGAACUAAGACACAGCAACCACUCCAAACCAAAAUGACCACACAACCUGCUCUCCUGCCACAAGUCCCCGAUGACAGGCGCUGGGGUUCAUACAGCAACAAAGGAAUGCCUUUCCAGGCAACCCUGAACACAGUGGCCCCUGAUGCUAACGAAAGACGAAUUCCAACCUUCAAGGAGCACAUGUUUCCCAUUGGAAGUGUCAUUGACGUCUGUGUGUCCUACAUCGAAAGCCCAAAUGACUUUUGGUGCCAACAAGUACAGAAUGCCGGGCAUUUGAAAUUGCUCAUGCAUGACAUACAGGCUCAUUAUGCUGGCAGUGAGUUCCAACCCAAUGUGGAAAUGGCUUGUAUCGUUCGCCACCCUGAUAACCAAAUGUGGUACAGGGCCCUUGUAAUUCACAAACAUGAAACGCCUGAAGUCGACGUGUUAUUUGUUGACUAUGGCCGGAUGGAAACAGUUUCCCUCUAUGACCUGAGGAAGAUCAGCCCACAAUUCCUUGCUCUGCAAGGCCAAGCAUUUCGAUGCAGUCUGUUAAACCCUGUUGACCCCACAUCUGCCAUAAAUGAGUGGAACGAAGAAGCAACAGCAAAGUUCCACAACUUUGUGGAAACCGCUGCCUCCAACUUUACGAUUUUGAAGUGCACCAUUUAUGCGGUCAUGUACAGUGAGCAGAGGAUAGUUUUCAACAUUGUGGAUCUAGAAACUCCUUUUGAGAGUGUUUGUACCAGCAUGGUCAAUCUGGCCAAUAGUUCCCCUCCCAGGAAAGCUGCUGGGCCAUCUUUCCGUCUGGACACAUACUACUACUCGACACACAAUGUCAAAACUGGAACAGAGGAACAGGUCACAGUGACGUGUGUGAACAGCGUCCAUGAGUUUUACUGCCACCUUGAGAAAAACGCUGAUGUGAUAAAAGCUCUCAUGAUCAAAGUGAGAAAUCUUUGUCAACAGCUUGAGAAUGUUAAGCUCCCAACUGUCUUUGGAACGUUGUGCUUUGUGAAAUACACCGAUGGACACUGGUACAGGGGACAGAUCAAGGCCACAAAGCCAGCGAUUUUGGUUCACUUUGUGGAUUACGGGGACACCAUUGAGGUGGAAAAGUCUGACUUGCUUCCUGUUCCCCGAGAAGCUAAUGACAUCAUGGCUGUGCCUGUGCAAGCAAUUGUGUGUAGUCUCUCAGAUGUCCCUGCCAACGCUCCCACAGAGAUGAACCUCUGGUUUGAGACAAGUGCAACAGAAUGUAAAUUUCGAGCACUAGUGGUGGCCCGAGAACCUGAUGGCAGACUACAGGUGGAGCUGUAUCACGGAAACACUCAGGUCAAUUCGAAGAUCAAGAAGAUGUUUCAGACUGAGAAGCACACAGAAGUGAAUGUUGUCAACCAGAAUGAGAGGAGACUUGAGGCUUCAGCCAAUCCUGCUCAAAAGAAUUCAAAAGUUGUCCCAAAACAAGGUGCAGGAAUGGAAGAUCGCAUUAAAGUCAUCAGUGAAAUUUCCUCUGCUCCAAAACCAGCUUGUCAAAUGAGGAAUGCCGAUAUGAGCCUGCAGUCUGCAGCGAAGCCUUGGAGCCAUGUUGGUGAAUGUGGCCGAAAAAUGAGACUUGCUCCUUUUGAGUUCUACAUACCUCCACACAAAAGACAGUCAUGUGGACAGAUGCCAAGUGGUAUAGAACGUGGCUCUGAGCUGGCAGGUGCCCAUCUCAAAACCAAAACUACUCUUAUCACAGAAACAAAACCGCCCAAGUCCAAAUCCCCUGGCACUGAAUCUCAGAAGGAAAUCCAUGUGGAAAGGGUCCCUAAACUCGCAGACCUACCUUCAAGCUCCAUCACAACAGGUAUGGAAGCAGAUGUUUAUGUCUCUCACUGCAAUAGCCCUUUGAGUUUCUAUGUGCAACUUGUCAGAGAGGAGGAGGAAAUAUUCUCUCAUGUGGAAAAGCUAAAUGAUCCCCAAUCAAGACCCCAAUACGACGCUGUCAAAGAUGUGUGUCCAGGUGACCUUGUUCAAGCAGAGUUUGCAGAUGAUUCCUCGUGGUACAGAGCCGUUGUAAGGGAAAUCCAAGGCAAAACCAUGGCCCUCGUCGAAUUUAUUGAUUUUGGGAACACCGCAAUAAUCCCUAUUUCCAGGAUUGGCAGACUCCAGGAGUGCUUCUUGCACCAUCCCAUCUACAGCACUCACUGUAUGCUGAGUGACGCUGCCGCUCUUUCAAAAGAGGAAGUGCUUAAACCAGAGGUGGUGUCAGUGUUCAAGGAAGACCUAGGUGGUAAUGGAGACAAGGUGCUCAAGUGCCACUUUUUCAGGCAGUCAGGACCUGUGUGGGAAGUCAGGCUUGAAGACUGUGGUGUAAAUGUCAUUUGUAAAGUCUCUCCUACAUGCCCAACUGAUGGCUCUAAAAUUGCCUCAGAGGAACCAUUCAAAGUCCAGGGACAACCUGGCCACAUCUUGCCGAUUGUGCCAGAGAAAUCACUGCUAACACCUUCUCUAUGUUAUCGCCAAGAAGAAUUCUCAAAGGGACAAAGGUUGGAGGUCUACAUCACAGCUAUAAUUGAUGCUCAGACCUUUUGGUGUCAACCCACGGACUCGGAAGACCUUGAGACGGUUACAUCAAGGGUCUCAAAACUUUUGGAUGGGGCCGAUCACAAACACAUUGACCCGGGCACCGUGUCCAUUGGCAGCCCAUGUAUUGCUCUCUUUUCAGACGAUGGUUUUUGGUACCGUGCAGAGGUCAUCGACAAAGAUAGAGAUGAGCUUUCGGUUCUCUUUGUGGACUAUGGGAACAAGACCCAACUCAACUUUGCAGAUGCGAGGGAAAUGCCCUCUGACCUGAUGGAAAUUCCUCCACAGGCCUUCUUGUGCGAGCUUGAGGGCUUCGAUGCUUCACGUGGAUCCUGGGACAGCGGUGCAGUAGAUGCAUUAUCAGUGCUUACGGCAGACAAAGUGUUACAGCUCACUGUCACUAGAGUAACGAGAGAAACGGGACAGGUCAAAUGCCUUGUGAGGAUGGAAUGUGAAGGCCAGGUGAUAAAUGAGGCACUGAAAACCAGGUGGAAGAACUACAUGGAGGAAAACCAACCUGAUGGUGUUGAAGCAACCACCUCAUACCCAACUCCAUUGCAAUGUAACCUGCCUGUGAAAGAGACUGUGCCACUCGAGGAUCAACUUGAGUAUGUCAAAGGGCAACACCCAGAGGCCGCUGGUGCUAGCCUUUGCCGUCGGAUAAACCAAAGCGACGAGCUUGUUGACCCCCUCGGAGAUGGUUUGCCAUGUGAUUGCAGCAUAGAGAAAACUGAGUUACCUCAACUCGAUGACAAAAGUGACCAAUGUAUUCUGACCUUGAGCGGUGACAGAAGUGUGGUGAAAACUGGAAAAGGAGCUGAAGGGGUUUUCUUGGGAACAGACAUUAUUGGACCAGAUGACUUUAAUUCUCAGUCAGACGAGAAGCCGACGGAGGCUGCAAUGGCCGACAUUGAGAGAAACUUGGAGAUCAUGAAUUCUUCCUGUGAACAAGUCUUGUCAGAGUACAGAGAUAAAAGCAAGGCUCCAAUGGAAAAAUCUACUCCUGCAAGGAAAACAACUGCAGUGAAAAUGGUUUCCUGUGAAUCAUUUUGGCCCAAGAAGAGCGUUGAUCCGCUGGAGAUGCAUGAUCACAUUUCUAAAGACAUAAAACGAAUUCCAACUGAAGUGGUUCUGCCCUGCUGUGUGCUUCCGCCGUUUGACGUUCCUACAAAGCAAGAGACUAACCUGGAAGAUGGUGUCGCCAAGGAGACGCUGCCUUGUGUCAACGCACAUGUUGAAAAUGACUCAAUAACCGUAGAGGAGGCCACAGCUCAUCACAAGGAUGGAUAUUCAGCCAUCGAGACACAGACCUGCACUGCUUCCUCCCAAGAUCCGGGUGACAGAACUGAGGAGGCGACCCGCUCCGUCGAGGAGGAGGAGGCGACCCGCUCCGUCGACGCGGAGGAGGAGGCAUAG